CAGCUUGUUUACGCCAUGAAACAGAAAAAGAGAAAGACAAUGCUUUUUUCCUAAGGAGAUGUAGAGCAGCAUGUGAUAUCUCCUAAAAGUGUUUUGUUAUGACGUUAUAUAUGUACGUUUACACAUUGUGUAGUUGUUUCGUUCUUUAAAGACCCAUUUGCUCCCGAAGGAGCAUCAGGAACUCUUCAGUCAGCAGUUUCCUCCGUGCUCAAAAACACGAACAAAAAUGAAAAAGUCAUCCUUGGAAGAUACAGCUAACUCAAGACGAGUACAUAACUGGGUGGAUCCAUCCUUCUCUAAUCCGUCUGACGAAAGAUUUUGCUCUGGGAAGAGAGAGGACAAACAAUUUUGGGAUUCCCAACCUGAAUGCCAGAGGCCUAGGAAAAGAAAAAAAGACAGAAGUGGCUUUCUUCGGCUGACAAAAUCGAUUAAAAAUGAUCCAGAUGAGCCAUGGGUUGACAGAUAUUCACCUUGUUCACAGGGUGAGCUCGCUGUUCACAAAAAGAAGAUUGAGGAAGUUGAGAAGUGGAUGAGAGGCCACACAAAUCCAUCAAAGGGUGGUAUUUUGAUACUGACAGGACCGUCAGGCUCUGGAAAAACUGCAACAGUCCAGGUUCUGUCUUUAGAGCUGGGCAUCAGAGUUCAGGAAUGGACUAACCCAUCAAGUGUAGAACCAUACUACGGCAGUCUGCCUGAAUGGAGAUUGAAAGGCUCGUCUUGCAGUUCUCAGUUGGCCCAGUUUCAGGAGUUUCUUCUGAGAGUUAACAAAUACAAAUGCCUGAAGAUGAAAGGUGAUAGAGAAGCUCCAGACAACAGGCUCAUCCUGGUGGAGGAUUUUCCAAACCAGUUCUACAGACAGCCUUGUGGCUUUCAUGACAUCUUGAGGUUCUUUGUGAAGAAUAGUCAGUGUCCGCUAGUGUUUAUAGUGUCUGGCUCUCGAAGUGGAGAAGGCAGCUUACAUUCUCUUUUCCCCAAAGACAUUCAAGAGGAACUGCACAUCAGCUGCAUCAGCUUUAAUCCUGUGGCUCCAACAACAAUGAUGAAGGUCCUGAAAAACAUUUUAUACAUGGAGACAGAAAAGCAGCGUCAUAAGAGCCUGUAUGUUCCUGACAAGUCAGAACUGGAAAUGCUCUGUUCAGGAACAUCCGGGGAUAUACGUAGUGUUAUCAAUAGUCUACAAUUUUGCUGUCUCCCAGAUAGAGGAUUGUUUACUUUGAAGAAACCACCUGCAGUACAGUUGGAAAGAACUGUUUCCCUAUCAAAACAGAGGAGGAAACGGGCAAUAUCAACUAGGAAGCAGGAAGAACACCAGGCUAUUGGUGGGAAAGAUGUUUCUGUCUUUCUGUUCAGGGCACUGGGAAAAAUUCUGCACUGUAAACGUGGGAACUGUGAAAGCGCUAAUGCAACUAAAGGUGCCUCUGGACCUGGCUUACCAUUUCACCUUUUGCACCAUCAUAGAGAAGUAUUGCUUGUACAGCCUGAGUCGGUUGUUGAGCGGUCACAGACUUCUGGAGAGUUCUUCAGCCUGUGCCUCCAUCAGAAUUACCUGGACUUCUUUUCUGAGAUAGAAGAUGUGGACAGAGCCUGCGAGUAUCUGUCUGAUGCUGAUCUUCUUACAGGAAAUUGGACGAUUCGUCACAUAAUAGGGGACUAUGGAUCUUCAGUGGCAACCAGGGGGUUGAUUCACUCAAACUCAUGUCAACUUUCUGUUGGCUUCAAACCACUCCACAAACCAAGUUGGUGUCUAGUCAGCAAAAAGCACCAGAACAACUCUCUGGCUGCCCAAUCCUUGUUCAGGAGCUUCCAUCUUACACCAGUCAGUCUACUGACUCAACUGCUUCCUUACCUGGCCAAACUUUGUAAUACCACAAGGAGUCAAGCGGAGAUAGCUAUUAUCCAGGAUGUGGGUCAGAUGUCACUGAGGAGAUGCUCGGGCAGAAUAAAACUGGAGAAUCUAGGAGACAAAGAGAUGGGCCAGGAGGUAGAGGAGGAAGAGGAAGAACAUUGUAGGACUGAGAAAGAUCUACAAGUCAGUCAGUCCCAACUUACUACGAACCAGGUUCUCUUGGAAGAAGAGGACCUGAUCAUAGAGGAAUAUGAAAGUGACUGAUUCAAAUGCCAAUGGGAUGCAUUUGUUGUUUUUCACUGAAAGAACAUUUCUUUAUUCCUUGUAUUCCCAUAACACCUUUUUAGAUAAAUUAAGUUUAUUUUGCACAAACGUUUGAAUUUUCAAACUGUUAUUGGAAAAUAAAUCAAUCUCCUUCAAAUCUGUUGUUUUACCUGAAAGGAUAUAAUAAAAAGAAAUCUUACCUCUAGCAUACGAAAGCACACAACAGAUUCCACUAUAACAUUAUUUAUUAAAAAUGUCAUUUUUCAAAAACUAAUCAGAAAAAGAUGCAAAAGCGGUGUAUUUAAAACUAAGUGCACAACUUAUUACUUAACUGCCAUUAGAACCACCUUGAAAUGGCAUUAAGUGGCUUUUUCUCUCAAAAUGUCACGUUCAUGUUGUUGAUGCGACGUUUUUUGGCUGAUUUUGGUUCAGUUGAUUGACGCGUAUGUUUCUCCAGUGUUCUCAGGGUUCUACCACACAUCUGGUUGGAAUCUGGACUGUGAUUCAUUUCAAUAUUUAUUAUUUUUUCAAUAUAUCUAGAUUUACUGCUAUGUUUGGAUCACUCCUCAGUGUUGCCCAAGUUUGAUCAAACUGCUCUAGAUUUGACUUUCGAAGGUUUUGGUUCUCAAAGAGUUAUGUUCAACUCAUGAACUACAAGUUGUAUCAGUCCUGUUCCUGUAAAACAAACCCAAAUUAUUCCCACUGUGCUUUAAACCUGGUAUUGGUUGACUGUGCUGCUACAUUCUGUUUUGGAAGAAACCAACCCUACUAAAUAAGCCAUACAUUUCACUCUUUUUUUAAAAUGUACAUUAACAUAUACGAUUUUCUGGUUAAAUUUGUGAAACCUGCAGCCAGAAGAAUUCUCAGCUAUGUUUUCCAUUUGUGAGGUUCCAUUUGUGCUGAUGUUUAUUAAAUCCAGUGCCUUUGAUUACCAGGAUCUGGCUGGCUUUAUUCUAAUUCCAACCAAAAUAGCAAGGGUGUACAUACUUUUUCAGACAGAGCUUUAAAUUGAGUUUUUUUUAUUUUAUUUAUUAAUUAAAUUAUGAUAGGGGAGAAUUUGUAGUGUGUUUUUGUAUGCCUGAGGUUACAUCUUAAUUACUGUUGGAACCUGGAACAAACCAGAUCUUUUUAUUAAGAUCUGUUAUGUAAGACCCUAUGAUCAAAAGAGGUUGUACUUUCUUUUUACUCUGGCUAUUUAUGUGAAGAAAAAUUACUUUGUACCAAGUUUCAAUGCUAUGCAAUUGAUAAAAAUCUGUAAAGCUCCAACCCUUCUCUACAAUAUGUUUCGUGGGAGUUCUGGUGAAGAAAGAACAUUUUGCCUUUCAGAAAGUCUUCAGAAAUGUUAGUGGUGAGCACAACACUUCAUAAUCUCAUAGACAAUGUUUUGUUGUUCUUUUGUUUGUCAUAUACAGCACAGGGACAGAAUGGGAAGUAACUAUAUUAAACUGUGCCCCUUUUUUUUUGUUUCUACAAUAUCAGCAAUCUGUUAAAUUCAUAUUCAUUCAAUGUGUUUUGCUACAUUUAUUUUUUCUGAUUCAUGUGUUGAAGCUUUAGUAACUUAUAACUAUUGCUUGCACAAUAAUAAUAGCAUCAUUUCAGUUUUUAUUUAUAAUUUUCCAUGAGUAUAAAGUAAUACAUUUUGUAUGUAGUUCUUUUUCAGAGAUCUGUUAUUUUAGUAAUUAGCAUACAAAUAAAGUUGUUACCAAAUAUGA